CCGGGAGGUCGGCGACUCGGUGUCGAGUGUCGACCCGUACUGGGUGCCGCCUCCAUGGUGGAAGCGCGGAGAUCCCGUGUCCGCGGACGGCUACACGCUCAAGGCAAAGGUGCAGGUGGAGGAGCUCACCAAGGAGCUCGCCGGAGUAAAAAGCAGUCGGUGAAGGCACAUCAAGGCACAAUGAACAAUGAGGGGAAAUCUGAGGCAGUCAAAGCCUACAUUUCUCAUGAGACUUAUCAGGACAAGUAUGAGUGUGUGCUGAAGGCCAAUGGCAAUCUGGAAAAGCAGGUUCUAUCCUUGGAGGAGAAGUACGCGAACGCAACACGAGCGAAUGGCAAGCUGGAGGAGGAGGUUCUGUUCCUCAAGGAGAAGUAUGAGGCAAUGCUUGAGAAAAAUACCAGGCUGGAGGGGCAUGUGGCUGCUCUGUCCACUUCUUUCCUAUCUCUCAAGGAGGGCAUGCAGUUUCUGAAUGAUGGGGAUCAGCAGUUGCAGAUCAUGGGAGCAGAGCCGCGUCUUUCUUCUGUGUGCCAAGGAGUACUGCAAAGCUGACAGGAAGGAGAGCAAUGGUAGCGACUGGCGAGGCAACAGAUGCUGCAGCCGCUGGCGCAGGCGACCAGCUCGCCGAUGUCGACGGCGACGGCGGGAAGAGGUCGUCGAGGAAGUGUAGCGAGUGGCCAGACAAGACGCAGCCCUCGUCGCCGUGGACCCUGACGGCGGCGAGAGUCGCAUACAUGGACGAAGACGAGUGCGCGAUGGACGGCGACGGAGCUAACCAAUCACUCUUUACCGGAGCUAAAAUUGUACAGAUCGAGCACCGGAGCUGCUGGCGACGGCAACCGGAGCUGCUGGCGACGGCAACGUACUGUACAGGGGCGGCGAUUUUGCAAAAAAAAAACCUAGAUGGACUACUAUUCACCCUAGGCACGACCAGGUGGCGGUCAAACCGAGCUGGCAGCUGCUGACUCGCCUAAGUCAGCAAAUACGUACACGAAAUCAUACAUACGGACCAAAGUGAA